AUGGCUCCAUCGAAGUUAUUCACCGUGUUCGGUGCCACGGGCAAUCAGGGUGGGAGUGUUAUUGCGAGUGUGCUUUCAAACCCUCAACUCUCUUCCGAGUAUAAGUUACGGGGCAUCACACGCGACCCUUCCAAGCCCAAUGCAAAGAAGCUCAGUGAAAAGGGUGUGGAGAUGGUGUCCGCUGACAUGAAUGACCCUGAUGCCCUCCGGAAAGCCAUCUCCGGCUCUUCCGCCGUCUUCUGCGUCACGAACUAUUGGGAAAGCAUGUCCAAGGAGACAGAGGUGAAGCAGGGUAAAAACGUCGCGGACAUCUCCAAAGAGGCUGGCGUGAAGCAUCUGAUCUGGUCCAGCUUGCCACACGCCAUCAAGCUGACCAAUGGCGAGCUCAGUCACAUUGAACACUUCGAUGGGAAGGCCGAGGUUGAAGAGUAUAUUGAAAGCAUCAAGCCCGGUAGUGGCAUGGUGGCCAGUUACUGGAGACCGGGUUUCUUCAUGUCAAACAUCAAGGGAAUGAUUCAACCGGAUCAGUCGACAGGGUUGGCGACCUGGAAGAUGCCGUUCAAUGCCGAGAAGACCCAGGUUGGGAUGCUUGCCGUGGUGGAGGAUACGGGCAAGUUUGUUGCCGGGCUCCUGCUCGCCGACCCUAAAUCUGUCGACGGAUUCCAGGUCAAUGGUGUAUCCGAGUGGAUGACGCCCAAGCAGAUUGUCGAUACUCUCAGCGAAACAAGCGGCACGAAGGUGGAGUUUCAGGAGAUCUCAGGUGAUGAGUACGAGAGCUAUCUUCCACCACCCAUUGCCAAAGAGUUGAAAGAAAACAUGCUGCUCGUCAGGGAUUACAGUUACUUUGGAAAAGGCACGGAGAAGACGCAGGCGGAGAGCAAUAAGAUCCUAGGCGACAUGAAGUUGACCUCUUGGCAGGAAUUUGUCAAGCACAAUGGUCCUUGGGAGUGGAAAUAA